GAACCCGGAAAUACAAUGUCUGCUACGUGACCAAUUUUUUUUAACGGAAGUAGGCUACGGUAGAGAUGUAAUGAUGUAAUAAAGAACAUGUGCAUUUUUUGUUGUUAAUUGUUUGGAACCUCAGUGUCUGACAUAUUGAAAUCGUUGAUGUAAAGCUAAGCCGUCGGUGUGGCGACAACAUCAGCGUUGGUUUAAAUUCAUGGACAAAGACAAGUGUAGCGACAUUCAUGGUCAGUGCUCCUGGAUGGAGAUGCAUCAGUUUAUUGGUGACCUUAUCACAUCUGGAAACACCUUGAAGGAUCAGCCAGAUGUGCUAAAUGCAGCGUGGGGCAUGGCUGGUGGUGUUGAGGCUCUGGGGUUCAAAGUUGCUUCACUUGGACCUCCACAGCAAAGUCGACCUGCCCAGGACAAGUCAGAGGCAGAGCCAGGCCUGCAGAUCCAGAGGACGGGAGAGGCCAGAGACAGGAGAGAAGAUGUGCAUUUUGCCUGCACCUGCCCUGGCUGCCCUUACUCCACUUCUCCACCUUCCUUUGAGACUUUAAAACCCAGACAAUCUUUGUCCUCGCCACCACGCUCGGAUGCAGUAUGCCACCAUUUACUGGAUACGGAACCAAGCAGCACCACGACAUCUGAGCUAGAGACCAGGCCGUCCAGCCGACCACAGAGGGGGGAGGCAGACAGAGGGACUCGGAGCCCAGACCAGAACUCAGACACUCCUCCUUCCAGAGCGUCCUCGGGUUCCUUGUCCCACCUCUCCAUGUUUCCCUGCUUGUGUUGCCACCGCAGCCUACAAACCCGCACUCAGAUACUGAGCCACCAGGAAGGCACGGACUCCCCGUUUUGUCACACCCAUGCCCAUCAUCAUUUUCAUCACCACCACUGUCCUGUAAGCUCUUGUAUAGCCUGCCCCCAGCUUGCUCGCUCUCAAGCUCCACAGCUCUCUGGCCCUUUUCCCUGCUUGUCUUGCCAGUGCUCCUUUCCUACCUGUACUCAGGUGUGCCACCACCAGCCCAGACAAACACACACUCAGCAACAAGAGGAAAGAGGUAGGGCGGCUACGACCAUGUUGUUGCUACAUCCCUGCAUGCACUGCUCUGCCUCUUUUUCCAGGCCAUCCCAGUUGCUGCAGCACCAGCGCUCUGAGCACGCCCACAAACCAUCCGGCUUCCUCUGCACAGAGUGCGGCAGGGCCUUCAACUCGCACAGCAACCUCCGCAUCCACCUGAAUGUGCACACUGGUGCCCGGCCCUACUCCUGCUCCGACUGCGGGAAGAGUUUUAGCCAGUCAGGGGCUCUGAAGAUCCACAGGCGCAUUCACACCGGUGAAAGGCCAUAUUCCUGUGGAUUUUGCGGCAGGGGAUUUCCCCAUCUGGCGGGGGUCCGGGCCCAUCAGAGGACCCACACAGGGGAGAAGCCCUACCACUGCAGCCAGUGUGACAAGUGUUUCACCCAGUCAGGAGCUCUUAAGAUCCAUACCCGCAUCCACACAGGAGAGAGGCCCUUCAUCUGCAGCCUCUGCGGGAAAGGCUUCUCCAACCGCUCCGGGAUCCGCUUCCACUACCGCACAGUCCAUGGUCUGGCCCCCGAACAUGCUGGAGAAGCUGGAGCUGGGGGUGCACCUCGGGGACCAGCAGGCUGCGGUUACCCACCUGGACGUCCCAGGACUUUUCCUCCAGCCGACGUUGGGCUAAAUACAUCCAACAGCUCAGAUAGCAACUCAUAUACAGCUCCAAAUUCCAGAGAUUCUCCUGCUCAUCCUGGCUCUGCUCUGCUUGGCGGUAAUGAGAGCAAAUCUCAGUCAGAGGGAGCAAACCGAGGCAGUGACAGAGCGGGGCUUCUGUAUGCAUGUGAAGACUGUGGCCUACGUUUUAAGGAUGCCCCGUCCAGGAACAGACACCAGACUCUGAUGCACUACUCCUCUGAGGGAAGAGAGGAGGAGGAGGAGGAGGAGGAGGCGCAGAGGAAAGAGUUAAGCACAAACGAGAGGGCCCGCAAUAACAGUGGAGCGAAUUAAUGUUGUUGGUACAUUACAACAGGCUGAACAUAAACGACAUCGAAACACCAGAGUAAAUAGUGUUUAAAAACAUUUUAAGUGUUGAAAGUAUUUGUGUGAAAUAUAUUCUGUAGUUAAGUAUUACUCUUUUCAAUUUGAAAAGCCUUUGAUGUUGGCCUACUUCUUUUCGAGUUAUUAUAUAGACUUAAAUUAAGUUUUUCCAAUUACAAAUGAAAAAACACCUUAAAGGAUUUCAAGGUGAGAUUAUGUAUGUUAUUUUCGAAAAGUCAGUCAUGCCUGUUUUCACCUUUCACAGAAGGUUUUUUAAUUUAUGAUUUGAUAGAAGUUCAUACUUCAGAUUGGCUGACAUUUUUCUAUCAGUGAGGAAUCCAGUUGCCUGUUUGUGCAGAUUCAUCACCGCUACAGGCUUUAAGUCUAUUUUAAAAUAACCUUAAACACCUUGCUGCUGCAAUAACACACCAGGCCAACUUCUAAAGUAUUUUUCUUAUACAGUUGUUUUAUUGUGCCUUAUUCAGCAGUGGAAGAGGUUAGAAAGUUAAUCGCUAAAUGUGACACCACAAAGCUUGUCAAAGCAUUUCUAGAAAAUUACAUUUUGAGGGUCUUUAGUAACAUUUUCAGAUGUAAUGAAAGACUACCACUGCAACCUGACCCGUAUUAUACCAAAUGCCUUGUAAUAGGAAAAAGUACAAUUUUCUAUCUUCUUUGGUUUUCUUCUUCUUUUGUAUUUUUCCUCCAAAGUGAUCAGUGUGAACGACAACAAUGUCAUAUCAGUUUAUUUAAAUUAAGUUCUUUAGUAAUUUAAUCUGUUUAAGACCUAUAUGUCCCAUACAAAAACAAAGAAAAUCCAAUGGACUUUGCACGGCAAAGAAAAUUAAGUUAAAAAAAUAAUCUAAGUAGAGAAUACAGAUUCAAUUUUACUUAAGUGUUUCUCACUUGUGGGAAAGUUGCUGUAUAAUGGCAAAACAAAAAAAGGCAGCCACAUACUGGAAUUGUUUUUUAAUGUUGAGGUUUUGUGAUACUCUUAACCCCUCAAAGGGAAAAUAAAUCGACUGGUGGGCAAAAACAUGACAACACCUCUGGAGUUUGGUUGAGGAAUGUGAGUUGUGCUCAAGAACAACAUCACCUUGCCUGUUGUGCCUUUCCGUGAUAUGCUAUAAUCCAAGCAUUUAUUUUAAACCAGUGUUUGUUUGUUACUUUACUAUGUAUGUUAGAAAUGGAAGACCAGCAGACAAAUAAUUACACAAUCCAUUGUUGUUAGAUUUUUAAAGCUCAUGAGAGCCACCUAGUGGUUAUACAUAAUCAUAGCAACGAUUUUAACCACUUUAUUACAGUGUACCAUUUAUAGUGCUUCUUAAGUUUUUUUUUUUUUACAAAACAUGUUGAAAUACAUUGACAUUGUGUAUACAAUGUUUUGUGAGGACAAGUAACAUAUUCAAUCCACUUUUUUUUUGCAUUAACCUGUUAAAUAGACUGAAGCAUAAAUAGACUGAAGCAUACAUUACUGUAUGUGUUUUUUGAAAGUGCAGCUUGUGAUUAAACAUUUCAUCAAUAAAAACAGUAUCUCUGA